GCCGGGCUCUUCCUUCCCGCCGCCGAGCGGAGGAGCGCGGCGGCGAUGGAGGACGGCCAGGAGCUGUACGGCAUCGAGGACGAGUUCGAGGCGCAGUUCGCGGACGAGCUGGAGGUCCUGGCGCAGCUGGAAGGUUCAGCCCCACCAGUGGCCUGCAAAAAGGUCUCGGAAUUCCGAAACCAAAAGCGAACAUUCGAAGAGGCACUCUCUGCACAGGAUCUGGUGAAGGACUCCCGUGCUAUAGACUACCAUCCGUGUCUGGAAAAAGAUGGCCAAAGCCAGGUUCUCCCCAAGAAGAUGCUGGGUGAAGCUGGCCCAAAAUGUGGGGGGCCAAAAGAACCCCCAAGACUCAAAGAAAUGGUAGAAGAUCCUCAGGAUCAUCUGACCCAGAAGGUUGGGGUGGCUCACACACCAAAACCAAAGCGGCGGCGGCUCGAAGCUGUGAAGAGGCUGGACUUUGGGCAGGCCAACAGAGCUGUCUCUGAAGACUCACCACAGGACGUGGCGGCACCAGCUCCUUCUCCAAGUGCCCAUUCCGAAUGGCUGGAUGCAAGGAAUCCAAGACCUGAUAUCGCAGAUCCGGGGAGAAUAAGUGACAUCGUCCUGCUGCAUGUCACGCCUCCAAAAAAGAAGACAUCUGGGAAGGUCCUCAAGCGGCCACCCAUCCUGCAGGACUACAUCAACGUGACCUCUACUAACGGCACACGAGUCUUUAUGGUUGUGAAGGAUGAUGGCGUGGCAAUGAAGCUUGCCAACUCUAUUGGUUGGAAGAGGCAGAGACCGCUUCACCUGCUGGGUGUCCCAUUCUCCUACCUAAAAGAGCAAGUGAUGGAAGAGCGCCAGAGGCAGAUCCUUGAGUCUUCGCAGCAGCUGAUGAAGGUUUUGAGCAGACUGGGGGUGGAGGAAACCCAAGAUGAAGCCCCUGUGCCUAAUGGAGGAGAAGAGAGCAGUGGCAGAUUGGAUGUGGAAGCAUCUGCCCUGCACUCCCUCUGGGUUGACCAGUUCACUCCCAGGCGCUACGUGGAGUUGCUCAGUGAUGAUUACACAAAUCGGUGCCUCCUGAAAUGGCUGAAGCUGUGGGACGUGCUUGUGUUCGGGAAGGAGGAACCCUGCAGGAAGGCCCUGCUGCCCUCUGGGACCCAUCCACCUUUCAAGCCUUCCAGAGAACAGAGAACCAGGUGGAAGACCAAAGCACAGAUGACAGAGGAGGCCUUGGAGGCUGAGCUGGACCGGCACAAUCGGCCAAAAUGCAAGGUUGCUCUCCUUUGCGGGCCGCCUGGCUUGGGGAAGACUACUUUGGCUCAUGUCAUUGCAAAGCAUGCUGGAUAUAAUGUGGUAGAAAUGAAUGCCAGUGAAGACCGUAGCCCAGAUGUUUUCAAAACACGAAUUGAGGCUGCCACUCAAAUGAAAUCAGUGCUGGGAGCCAAUGAGAAGCCCAACUGCUUGGUCAUUGAUGAGAUAGAUGGUGCCCCAAUGGCAUCUAUCAAUGUGCUGUUAAGCGUAAUCAACUGUAAGGCUGGUAGGGCAGAACCUGAAGACCGACCAAGUGGGACGAAGAGCAGAAGAGAAGGCUGGCUACUGCUCCGACCAAUCAUCUGCAUUUGCAAUGACCAGUAUGUCCCUGCUUUGCGGCUUCUGAAGCAGCAAGCUUUUAUUCUCAACUUUCCCUCAACUUCUCAGUCCAGGCUGGUCCAGAGGCUACAUGAGGCAAGCACACCCAACCACAAGUUUUUAUAUUUCCUUCUUUGUGAUCAUUUUCUCUGCAGUAAGAAUGUUGUACAAAUUACCAUUCUACAGGGCAUGAAAGCUGAUAUUGGGGCACUCACAGCAUUGUGUGAGAAGACAGACAAUGACAUUCGCUCUUGUAUUAACACCCUACAGUUCCUGUAUAGCCGAGGCAAGAAGGAGCUGAAUCUGAGGACAGUUCAGACUGCAACCGUUGGCUUAAAAGACCAGAACAAAGGGCUGUUUUCCAUCUGGCAGGAGACCUUCCAGCUGCCCAAAGUGCGGAGGAAGAACUUAGGAACAGACCCGUCAAUCCCAGCCAGCCUCCUCCUUGGUGGAGCUGAGGAGGUGUUUGGCAGAGGAGCAGGUCAGGCGUCCAUCAGUGCCUCCACUCAGCAGUUCCAUCGCAUUUUGCACCUCAGUGCCUCUUCUGGAGAACAUGAAAAGCUUAGCCAGGGUUUGUAUGACAACUUCCUCAACAUGAAGGUGAAGGAUUCCAGCUUCGACUCAGUCUGCCUGGCCUUGGAGUGGCUUGGCUUCUCUGAUCUGCUGAGCAAGGCAGUCCUGUGCAGCCAGAGCUUCCAGCUCAUGAGAUACUUGCCCUUCCUCCCAGUUUCUUUUCACUUGCUCUUUGCUGCUUCCAGUAUUCCCAGACUGAUCUAUCCACACAGCCAACAUGAGGCUCUGUCAAAACUGACCCAGAUGCAGAACCUGGUAGAUUCCAUGAUUUCUGGAAUUGCACCCAACUCACGUAGUCGUGCCAGACCUCAGUCUUUUACCCUCGAGGCCCUUUGUCUCCUCUUGGAGAUCAUCUCACCAAAGCUGAGACCGGUGAACACUCAGCUGUACAGUCAGAAGGAAAAGGAGCAGUUGGCACAGCUGAUCAGUACUAUGCUGACGUACAAUCUUACCUACCAUCAGGAGCGGACUCCUGAGGGCCAGUACAUCUACAAGCUUGACCCGAAUGUGGAAGACGUUUGUAGGUUUCCCGACCUUCCGAUUCGGAAACCGCUGACUUACCAGGCCAAGCAGCUCAUUGCAAGAGAAAUCCAGCUUGAGAAGAUGAGGCGAAUGGAGGCCACCCUCCAGGCAGUAGAAGUCGGGUCACUCCCCACAGAAACCAACCAUGAAAUGAGGACGGACGUGCAGCUGCGCAAAUCCAGGAUAAGGAACCACGAGCAAAGUCUUGACCAAAUUGUGAAAAGAGCGAUCGUUGAGGAAAAGCCAGAAACAGACUUCUUUGGCCAAGUCAUCCUCAAGAAAAAGGUGGUCACCUCGCCAGAAGCUGACCAGGGACCUGGGAAAAAUGCAGUAGAAAAGCAAAUUGGAAAAGCCAUUGGACAAAGUGAUGUUUGGUUCCGGUUUAAUGAAGGUGUUUCCAAUGCAGUUCGGAGAAACAUUUAUAUUAAAGAUUUGUUCUAGCAAGUAAAAAAAAAACAAAUUGGGGCAUGAAAAAGCAGGCAAAAGGAGGAAUGUUUCAAUGUUUUUUUUGUAUUAAAUCCUAUUUUUAGAAUAAAUAAAGACAUGCUUAGUAUUACUUUA